AUGUCCAACCAGCCAGUCCACGUCGAUGCGCAAGUCGAAGGCGGCCUCCAGCAUGUCUCCUCCCGGCGGUCCCAGGGAGCCUCCAAAAAUGCCAUUAUAUCUUCAAGAGGCUCAGCCGGGUUCUGCCACUCCCUAGCCGGCGAUUGUCGCGUGUCAUGCUGCUUACCUUCGGUCUACAUUCCGUAUGUGCCCCAUACUCAGACUCUUAAUACCAGAGCUGGGUGGAAUGACGCCUCGCAAGGCCCACUACUACCGUCUCUGGAAGAACAUUACAACGUCGACUAUCUUGUCAUCUCGAUCAUUUGGAUCAUGAACUUUGUCGGCUUCAUGACUUCUGGCCUCACCAACGUCUUCCUCACCGAUCGCCUCGGUUUUGGCAACGCUGCCCCUUUGGGAGCAAGUAUGCAAGGCUUGGCGUAUAUCCUCAUGUGCUGGGGCAGCCCUUAUCCCCUGUUCUUGAUUGCAUACAUCUUCAACGGGUUUGGUCUGGGUCUUCAGGACGCCCAAGUCAACUCCCUGACUGCCCGCCUCCCCAACGCUCCCACCAAAAUGUUCCUCAUGCAUGCGUUUUAUGGAUUUGGAGCAACGAUCUCUCCAUUUGUCGCUACCGCUUUCGUGCAACACAUCCCAGACCGGGUGUACUUGUAUUUCACCGUCAGCUUAGGGCUGGCGGUUUUCACGGCGGCGCUAGUACUGGGAGUUUUCCGCCUGCGGACAGAAGAUCAGAUCGUCGGAAGCAGACAGGAGGAAGUGGAGGAAAAGAAGGAGGUGUUCUCAUCCGAGACCGUUCAAAAGGAUGGUCCACCAGUGAAGAAGAUCAACCAGGAUAGCGGGAGCAAGAUGAAGAGGAUCUUGAAGACCCCCGUGGUACACUGCAUGGCAUUCUACAUUGUCAUUCAUGUCGGUGUCGAAGUUACCAUUGGUGGCUGGGCGACUUCGUUCUUGAUUGAUGAGCGAGGUGGCGACAGUAACGCUGGCUACGUUUCGGCUGGCUAUUUCGGAGUAUUAUCCCUUGUCAUCUGGUUUACCUACACCAUCGUCGGUAACGCCGUCUGCUUCGCCCUUGUCAGUGUCUUCCUCGGGCCCAUGUACCCUUUGGUCAUGAAUGUCGUCAUAUAG